AGACGAUAAUAUUCCAACAAAUGAUUCAAAAAAACUUUUUUUCCAAACAAGAUAUCGAAAAAGUUAAACCUAAAUAUCGCCCGGUCCCAGAACCAAAGCCGGAAGUCAAACCCCCAAUUUACGUGGAAGAAUCUUUGACAGAGGAUGACGAUAUAGCACCCUCAGAGAACACCGAAAAAUCAACCACGGAACCGUUGACCACGAGUCCCGAAUUGCAAUCCGAAUUGGAAACGGAUCGUCCAGAGUUGGCCGAGGACGAGAAAAUGUCCGAGCUGGAAGAGGAUGAAAAAGAAAAAAAAGGUAAGAAAGAGGAGGGAAAGAAGGGAGGCGGAGGGGGGAAGACGGAGGAUGAAACGGAGAAGGAGGACGAGACGAAAGACGAAUAG